UGGUAGCUUAUAAAUACUCUUAUUCUUAUCACAGUCUCUCUCUGACGUUGGCAACCACACACUCCCAUCAAAAUCAUGUUAAGAGCCACUAGAACCCUUUCCAAGCGGUUUGUCUCGGCUGCCCAGCCCGUGAGAGCCUUCACGUCUGUCAGAGCCCUUUCCGUCUCCGCCUCAAACCUUGGGGCCAAAGUGUUGAGCGGAACCACGAUUGCUAACAAAAUCAGAGAAAAUGCCUACACGAAGAUUAUUGAAACCAAGCGCCAGUUCCCGCAUUUCCAGCCCAAGUUAACCAUUAUCCAGGUCGGGACCCGCCCAGACUCCAGUGCGUAUGUGCGCAUGAAAUUAAAAGCAGCCAAGGAGUCCAGCAUGGACUGCGACUUGGUCACUUUCUCUGAAGACGUUUCUGAGCAGGAGUUGUUAAACCACAUUGAGCACCUCAACGAUACUCCUUCCGUGCACGGGAUCCUCGUCCAGUUGCCGUUGCCAAAGCACAUUGACGAAGUCACCGUCACAAAUGCCGUCAUCACCGAGAAGGAUGUCGACGGGUUUGACCGAUACAACGCAGGUGAACUUGCCAAAAGAGGCGGGUUGCCAGCGUUCUUGCCGUGUACACCUAACGGGUGCAUGAAGUUGUUGGAGGAGGCGGGCGUGGUGCUCCGCGGGAAGAACGCCGUUGUAAUUGGCCGCUCCGACAUUGUGGGGACCCCAGUUGCCGCUUUAUUGAGAAAUGCCGAUGCCACCGUCACUAUCUGCCACCGCCACACCAAGAACUUGGCCGAGGUGGUUAGAAACGCCGAUAUUGUGGUUGCAGCUGUGGGGAUUCCAGAGUUCGUCAAGGGUGACUGGUUGAAGCCAGGCGCCGUUAUUGUUGAUGUGGGUAUCAACUACAUUCCAGAUGCCACCAAAAAGUCUGGCCAGAAGCUUGUCGGUGAUGUUGACUUCGAGGGCGCUAAACAAAUCGCGUCGGUGGUCACGCCUGUUCCAGGCGGUGUGGGGCCUAUGACCGUCGCCAUGCUCGUUUCCAACGUACUCAAGGCCGCAGAAAGCCAGUUCAAGAAAGCCAAUGCCACCUCCAAGAUCACACCGCUUCCUUUGGCGUGCCGUGUGCCGGUCCCAUCGGAUAUCGACAUCUCGCGUGCCCAGCAGCCGCGCCACAUCACACAGAUCGCCCAAGAGUUGGGGGUCUUGAACUCUGAAUUAGAGCCAUACGGCCACUACAAGGCUAAAGUCUCGUUGGACUUGUACAAGCGUUUGGAGGAGAGGGAAAACGGGCACUACGUGCUUGUUGCGGGGAUCACACCAACCCCGCUCGGUGAGGGUAAAUCCACCACCACUAUGGGGAUUGUGCAGGCGUUGGGUGCUCAUUUGGGGUUACCAGCUAUUGCCAACGUUAGACAGCCAUCUAUGGGUCCAACCUUCGGUGUGAAGGGCGGUGCUGCUGGCGGUGGGUACGCCCAGGUUAUUCCGAUGGAUGAGUUUAAUAUGCAUUUGACCGGUGACAUCCACGCGAUUUCCGCGGCCCAGAACUUGUUGUGUGCUGCUGUGGAUACCAGAAUGUUUCACGAAGACACCCUGAGCGACAAGGGCUUGUACAAGAGAUUGGUACCUGUUAAGAAGGGCACCCGUAAGUUCACCCAGUCCAUGUUAACCAGAUUGCAGAAAUUGGGGAUCACCAAAACGGAUCCUAACGAGUUGACUGAAGAAGAGGCUGCCAGGUUUGCUAGAUUGAACAUUGACCCAGAGAGCGUGUUGAUCAAGCGUGUGGUUGACUGUAACGACAGAUUCGUCAGAAAGAUCACUAUCGGCCAGAACAAGACCGAAAAGGGCUUUACCAGAGAAACCGGGUUUGAUAUCACCGUUGCGUCCGAAAUCAUGGCUAUCUUGGCCCUCUCCAAGGACUUGAAGGACUUGAGACAAAGAGUCGGAAAGAUUAUUGUCGGAACCUCCAGAACCGGUGCAGUCGUGACUGCUGAGGAUAUCUGUGUCGCUGGUGCCAUUGCGGCCUUGUUGAAGGAUGCGAUCAAGCCAAACUUGAUGCAGACCUUGGAGGGGACCCCGGUGUUUGUCCACGCGGGACCUUUCGCUAACAUCUCUAUCGGUGCCUCCUCUGUCAUUGCCGACAGAUUGGCCCUCAAAUUAGCCGGUACCUUACCAGGCACUUCGGCCAGAAAGGGUUACGUCGUCACGGAAGCCGGUUUCGACUUUACCAUGGGUGGGGAGCGUUUCUUCAACAUCAAGUGCAGAUCCUCCGGCUUGAAGCCAGACACCGUCGUACUUGUGGCCACCACGCGUGCUUUGAAGUUGCAUGGUGGUGCUCCAGACGUUAAGCCAGGCCAAUCAUUGCCAGAGGCGUAUGUGACUGAGAACGUGGACUUGGUGGUCAACGGUUGUGCCAACUUGGCUAAGCAGAUUGCUAACGCCAAUUCUUUUGGCGUGCCAGUAAUUGUCGCCAUUAAUCAGUUUGAAACCGACACUGCUGCCGAGAUCGAAGCCAUCAGAAAGGAGGCGUUGAAGGCCGGGGCCGUCGAUGCCGUGGCGUCCAACCACUGGGCCAAGGGUGGUGAGGGUGCCGUUGAUUUGGCUCACUCUGUGGUCAAGUCUGUAGAAAAGUCCGACAAGACCACUCCUCCAAACUUCUCAUAUGACACAAACAAGUCUGUGGAGGAGAAGUUGUCCGCUAUUGUCCAGAAGAUGUACGGUGCCAAGGGCAUUGAGUUGUCCGAAUUGGCUGCCAAGCAGAUUGCCCAGUAUGAGCAGCAAGGCUUUGGUAACUUGCCAAUCUGUAUCGCCAAGACCCAGUACUCCUUGUCUCAUGACCCCGCCUUGAAGAACGUGCCUACCGGUUUCACCGUGCCAAUCAGAGAGGUCAGAUGUUCUGUCGGGGCGGGCUACUUGUAUGCGUUGGCCGCGGAGAUCAUGACCAUCCCGGGUUUACCAACUCAUGCUGGGUUCAUGAAUGUUGAAGUGAAUGACGAUGGGGAGAUUGAAGGGUUAUUCUAGGUCCAGGCUGUAUUAUAUAUAGAUGAAUUGCAUUUCGAUAG